AACGAAGUACUCCUCUCUCUUCUCUUUUAUGUUCAUUCUUCUAUUGAUUCUUCACACAAACGAUGAUCGAUUACUACCAACCAGUAGAGAUUAACAUAGUCUCGGCUCAAGAUCUCGACUCCAUAAACCUUUUGUUCAGACCAACCGUCUAUGUUUCCGUCUCGGUAACACGUGGUUCACGUGACAAGCAAGUCACACCAGCUGCUGUUUGCGAGAAGAAACUCUUACGAUGGAACCAUCGUAUGAAAUUUUAUAUAGAAGACGACAAGAUUCAAAGGAAUGACUCAGUGUUUGUGUUUCAAAUCAAGGUUAAGAAGUUUUAUGGGUCUACAGAAGUUAUUGGAAAACUUUUCGUACCGUUAAAGCAAUUGAUUCACUUGAAUGAAGAGAAGACUAUAACUGAGCAUACCAAAAUCGAUUAUCAGGUGAUUACCGAGUCUGGAAAACCAAAGGGUUGUAUAUGUUUAGGGUUUAGUUUUGGGAGUGUUUUUAAGGGACAAAUUAGCGGUUGUGACUCGGAUAGUAAUGUUGGGGUUUGUGAGGAUUGUAGAUUAGGAGCUUGGGGAAUUAUUAAAGAUGUGCCAUCUGCUCCUUGUGAAGGCGAUAUCUAUGCUUGAGAAAUCAUUUUUUUCUAAUAUUUCCCAUAGCUUAUUAUUUUCCAUAUUUUUUUUAGGUCAAAGAUGAUUGAUCAUGAUAAAUUAUUUUGAAUAGAUCAGCGAUAGUUUAUUUUGAUAACAAGGGAAAUAUAUUGUAUUCUUGAUUCUUCUAAACAAACUGAUUAUUGUUAUAUUAUAGAGUUUGAAAAUUAACUGACGCAUGGACCAGUGCACAUGUAUAAUCUCUUAUAAAAAACUAGUAUGUCUCCCGUGCUACGCACCGGGCAUUAUUAUUUACUAAUUUUAAAAUUAUACUAGAUUCUGACCCGCCCUUCUGAAGGGCGGGUAUACUUUUUUUUAAUUUUUUUAAGAAAUUUAAUUUUGGUAUUUAUGUUUUUUGUAAAACCGUUAGAAAAAAUAUUUAUGUUUUUUUGUAAUCAUAAUUUAAUUUAAUAUAAUUUUUGAUAACUAUAUUAAAUAUAUCAAGUUCCAUAAUUAUACACUUAUGUCAUAUACAUUUUAGAAAUUAUUUUUUAAUUUUAUUCCAAAAAUUUGCAAAAUAUUAUAUUUUCUUAAUAGUUACCUAUCAUAAUUAGUUAAGAAUAUUCGUAUAAAAAGAACCAAUUCGAAAUCAUCCCGGAAAUUAAAGUCUCAUAAUCUAAUAGCAUAUAUACUCAAACAGUUUUUAAAAUAUUAUAUCCGAAAACCAAUAUCAAACCCAACCUACACCGAAAACGGAAAAAUGUUUGAAAAAUUAAUUUUUUAUAUAUUUUGUUACAAAAAAAUAUAUGUAUAUAUAUAUAUGUAUAUCUUGAUGCAAAAGUCAAUGAACCAUUGUGGUAUAGUGGUAGAAGACACGGCUAUUAUCAAAGAUUAUAUGGGUUCGCAGCAUGAUCUGUUUUUUUAGAUUUUUAUUUCUUUUUUUCUCGCUAAUGGCAAAUAUGUAAAUACUUUAUCUUCUCCAUUUAUCAAGGUUUCUAUCUUUCUGCAAUUUUUUUCCACCGCCGCAAACAUAAUCGACCUAAUUUUUUGAUGUUUCCUUUUCAUUUAUGCAUCAAAAUUGAAGAUUUGUUAAUUAUCAUCCAGUUUUAAACAUCUUAACACACAAAAACUUGAAUGAUUUUGAUAAACUUGAUUUCACUGCCUAGCACUCAAUGUUUUUGAACGAUAUAUGUAAAUAGGUUAAUCAAUAAUCCAACUAUUGCAGUUGAAGAGAAGCACAAUUUCUUGCCAAUAGGAAACUUAGACUCAUAGUUUACAAAUAACUGCAUGAAUAAUUUCUGAGAACAUGACUGUUUUUUUUUGCUGAAUUUCUGCAACUCUAUUAAAUCAUGAAAAAUUGAUUGUUAGACUUUUGCAGGAAGAAGCAUAACUGGUUUCGUUAUAGAACUUUAUAUAAAGAGAACGUGGUUAGUUUUUAAGUUAAAGUAAAUACAGUUAUAGAAUAUUUUUAAGUUAAUGUAAAUACAGUUAUCAAUAGAUGUAAUAUUGAUAUUAAAAAUAAUUAUUGGACUAAACUAAUAUCAACUGGACAUGUUCCAGCUUUAAUAGUAUUGAUAAUAUAUAGAAUUUACAAUAAAUAUGUUAUUGAUGUAAAAAAUGUUAUUUUGAAAGUUAAUAAUUUGUUCAGACUAUUGAUGUCAUUACUUCUUGUAGUCUUUCUGUUCAUCUCUUAUGUUUUUUUGUCUUUCUUCAUUUUCAGUGAUAUAUUUACUAAGAAGUUUUUAUUUUUGCUAUAAAAAAUUGCUAACAUUACAUAAUGAGAUAAAAACGCAAACGGGUAUAUUGAUUCAAAAGUAUACCAAACUAAUGUAGCCACGUUUUAUAAGAUUAUGAAUAUGGAAGACGAACUUGAGGCUAAGGUCUUGAUCUGAAUAGCAGAUAUAGGCCCUUCUUUUGUUUCUUCUCCACCUAAGUUUUUAAGUCACAUAUUUUACACCAGAUUACUUAUUUUUUUUUAAUAAGAACCACAUUAAAUUUUUCUUCUGGUGCUUCUCAAAUUUAUCAGGGGCCUUGUUACUCCUAACUAAGUGUGCAUUAAGAUGAGCUUUGUACUUUCAUUAUUUGAAUUGUCACCACCAAAAAAAAAACAUAUUUCAGUAAAUUGUGAAUUAAUUUAUUCCACUUUUCAAAUGUUAUUAACCUGAUUGGUUAGGUUAACCUUUUGUAUCACGAUACUGCAUCAAAAUACGUAGAUUUCCCAAUAUCUAGAACAACAAAAGAAAUGAAAUAGAAACUAUAAGUAGGUGUUUGAUAAAAAAAAAUAAAACUAUAAGUAGGUGAGAGCAUAGAAGAAAAAAGGUUCAUGACCAAAUUAACAUUACACAAAUUACCAGUUUAGCAAAAAAAAAACAUUACACAAAUUAUGAUAUGAGUGACGAAGUCUUACUAACCUGGGUUUCAACUUUCAUCGUCAACUUUUCUGCAACCUUCGCCAAAGAAAUUCUGGGUUUUUUGUCUUCUUUGAAAAGAACUUAUCUCGAAAACUAUUGCUGUUCAACUGCUUAGCCAGAGAUUAUAUCCAUUCAGAAUUGUACUCUCGUCGGAAACCAAUCCAUCUAUCUAGUUAAAAUUGCAAUUUCUUCAGACUUAGAGAGAGAGUAAGUGGAAUCAUGAGAAUUUAGGAAACUGCAAUGAAUGUACGUAAAGAUAAAUUUGAAUUUAUACCAUAGUGAGUAAAAUCUCAGAAAGAUUAACAGUUCCAAAGAUCGUGAUGGUGUAGUGUGAGAAAUAAAAGGGAUUUUAUUUGAUGUAGAUUUUUAUUCUAUAUUAAAAACAAAUAGAAACAGUUUAAGAAACAAAACAGCUUUAUUUUUUUAUUUUUUUGCAUUUAAUAUUUUCUUUAAACGGAAUUGUUUUUUAUUGCUUUUAGAAAAUUUUCCAUGUGGCAAUUAUUUUUUUUGUUCUUUUAAAGUUUUUACACAUGGCAAUUUCUGAUUCAUCGUGCGACUUGCGCUUUAGUAUAUAAGGGAUAGGAAUGGAAGCUUGAGAAUUACUAUCAUGUAAAGACCAAUAAGUCAUAUAAAAUCUAAAACUCCCACUACAAAAUAAAUCCCCCAUUGCAUUAGCAAACUCUUUAAGCUGAUCUAUCUUCCCUCAAUCUGGUAGAGAGUAUAAAAAGAGAAUUGACGAGAAUUCACUCAAGGAGACAAGAUGUUAGUUUUAUUUAAGUAUAAAAAUUAAGAAAUAAGUUUACAGUUUUAAGCGUAAUACUUCUUUUCUUUGGCAAGAAAAAAAAAUUACAUGAGUUGUAAGCGUAAUACUUCUUUUCUUUGGCAAGAAGAAGAUUUCUUCCUGAAAUUGAUUGAAAAUGUUAGUAGUUUUCUUUUUCUUAACAUAAUUAUUAAAUUACAUAGUUGAACUAUGUUUGAAUGAUAUGAUACAAACUUAGAAAAAUUUAUCCGGUUAAGAGAUUUAACAAUUCAUUAUAUCGAUUGCAAAAGAAGUCAGAAAUUAUAUUUGAUGUUCAAAUAAGAAAAACUCAUGUUAACUCAUCCAACUUUCUUGGGCCUGAACAUUGAAAAUGAAAAUAAAACUUAAAGGGAGUUGCUCUGUCUUUACAUAGCACAUCUAAGUAAACAAAAAUGCAGCUGACUAAACUAUAUAUAUCUACCAAAAACAUCUCUAUACUUUGAACAAAGAAAACAAGAAAAAGUUCCAUAUACAGUUAGAGACGCAUGAGCCCCUAACCCUCCUCAAUAUUCUACAAACAUGUUCCAAAAUCCCUAACAAUCACAAAGAUCAUCGAUGGUUCUUGUCAUAUAUAUACGUUGUGUUAGGUGCUUCAUCCAUUAUAAUCAAACUUGAUCCCUUUCAUGCAACAUUUAUGGAGUGCAUGAUGUGUUUUCACUCAUGUUUUGUCCGUAAUCUAUUUGGUUUUCUUUGUAACUUGACAUUAUCCCAACACACUUUGAAACUCUUAAUCUACACAUGCUCUUGUUAUCUGUCUCAUUGCUUUACCUCUAAACACAACAAAGUGUUCAUACAUGUGUUUCAAUCGCAUAACCAUAUCCUUUUACAAUCUUUUAGAAAUUCAGAACUUUGGGAACUGGUUACAUUCAUUAUUUCAAAAAAAAAAGAAAGCUCUUUCUUUAGAAAAUAAAAAAUUUCUUCAAAUUGAUAAAAGAUGUAGAAUA